UUCAAUGCAUAGUCUAAAUUAAGUUAUGACUCCAGCAAGGUUGUCAUUGUUAGCAAUUUUUUUGCUAUAUAUAAACGGAUCUCAUAAUGCAUCAUCGUUUCAUUUACCUGAUGAUAUGAAGGAGCGCCUGGGAAAUGCUCUCAAGGCUAAACCAAUCUUAUUAAAUGGAAUCCUUUUAACAGUCGAAAACGUUGGCGAAACACUCAUACAUUUAAGUAAGGUACCAAGAGCUCUCAUCGAAGUCCUGAGACCCAUCUUUGCUCCAAUCAAGAACGAGACAAUGGCGCAGACAGAUUGUGGCAUAUUACAUUGGAAUUGCAAACUCAAAAAGAUCAUGCAUUGGUCUUAAGUGUACGAUUUUGAAGCAGCUGAAAACUUAGCAACUAUAAUAAGCUUCUUUAUAGUGUAUCACAGGCGUUUCCAAUUAAAUGCAAUGUUACGGGCGUGUUUAAUUUGAGUAAAA